AUGGAUGACGCGUUCGUACUGUUGGCUGCCUGGAGGCGGACCAACCCCUCUAUGAGUGUCGCCGACCGUCUCGGCCAUACCUACUCCGAGGCCGCCGUUUCCAUUACCAUCACUUCUCUGACUAAUUUCCUGUCGUUUAUUAUCGGAACGAUAACACCCUUUCCAUCCGUCAGAAUAUUCUGCAUCUAUACAGCGGUGGCCGUAAUGUUUACAUACAUAUAUCACAUCACAUUCUUCGGCGGUUGUAUGGCUUUCUUCGGUCACGCGGAGAAACGCAAUCUUCACGGCAUGCUUUGCAUACCAGUCCUGCCCAAGUCGUUAGCAGAAGGAAAAGGUUUCUUCUUCCGGAUGCUGUGCACGGGUGGUAAGAAUCCAGCGGAUCCGGACAACCCCAAGGAUAAUAAAGAGCACGUAAUGAUGCUCUUCUUCCGGGACGUGUUGGCCGUGGCGUUGAACAGAACUCCCAUCAAAUUGUUGGUCAUAUUUGGGUUUCUGGUGUAUCUGUCAAUCGGUAUAUACGGCUGCACAAUGGUUAAGGAGGGACUCGAUCGCCGCAAACUGUCUCGCGAUGACUCGUAUUCGGUGCAGUUUUACGACUACGAGGACCGUUACUUCAGGGAAUAUCCGUAUCGGAUCCAAGUGGUCAUCAAUGAUACACUCAAUUACGCCGAUCCCGACAUCCAGAAGCGAAUCGAGGAUAUGCUCCAGAAGUUUGAAAACAGUGAAUUCGUGGCCGACAAAGUGCUGACCGAGUCGUGGCUCAGAGCCUACCAGACAUUCCUCAGCCAAGAGGACAGCUUCCUCUUCCUUCAGGCGCUCAAUAUAUCGGAUCAGUCGGACUUCAAUCGCGGUUUGCGGGACAUAUUCCUCCACUUCCCGCUCACCGAACCCUUCAGAAACGACAUCGUCUUCAACGACGACGGCUCUGAGAUCAUAGCAACGCGUUAUAUAAUACAAACCAAAAACAUAAUCGACGCCAAUAUGGAGAAAGAAAUGCUAAUCUCUUUGCGUUCAAUCGCCGACAGCUUCCCCUAUACUGUCACUGUAUUUCAUCAAUACUUCAUUUUCUUCGACCAGUUUGUGUUAGUCCGCAGUAUUUCCAUUCAGACCAUAUCAGUGGCGGCGGCAGUAAUGAUGUUAAUAUCGUUGAUAUUCAUACCGUCGCCUUCGUGUGCCAUUUGGGUGGCCUUCUCUAUCAUCUCCAUAGAGAUCGGUGUAAUCGGUUAUAUGACUCUAUGGGGCGUCAAUUUGGACUCCAUCUCAAUGAUCAACUUAAUCAUGUGUAUCGGCUUUUCGGUCGACUUCUCGGCCCAUAUCUCCUACGCCUAUAUCUCGUGUUAUGAAGACGACCCCAAAGAGAAGGUCAAAUCAGCCCUCUAUUCGCUGGGUUUACCCAUAUUUCAAGGAAGUGUGUCCACAGUGUUGGGUAUCAUCGCUCUGGCGUUCGCGCCCUCCUAUGUCUUCGUCACUUUCUUUAAGACCGUAUUCCUAGUAAUGCUUUUCGGUGCCACUCAUGGAGUGCUUCUCCUCCCAGUCCUCCUCUCCAUCACUGACAUGUGUCGCGGAAAGGGUUCGCCAAAAAGCAAAUACAAGUCAACCAACGUUUUAGGCCAUCAAAACAAUUCACCCUUUUUUGUGGGCGACAAACACUUUGACGGCAAGACUAUUAUGCAAAACGGAGCGCCUAUUUAUAUACCGCGGCCGACAUUCACCGAACUGGCGGUCGAACAGAAAAUGUCUGCUUUCCGGCGACCCGACGAAGAGAGCGCCACCGCAUCCAAGAGUUCCGCCUCUUCUGACUGCAGUGUUGUGGCCGAGAAGGACCUCGGAUUGGGUACCAGUGCUGAGGAGUGCAGCGAAGGCAGUUGGAAGGGCAGCAAAAGCCAAGCAAACACAAUGAUUGUCACCAAACAGUCAGAAAUUAAACAAAUUGCUGACAAUCAGAGCGCACCCAAUGUCUACGCAAAUAUGUUGAGAGACUGGUCUCAGGUGUCGGGAAAGCAUCACUCAAACGAUGGCCACACAAAUGACGGAUAUCUGAGCGAUAGCACCGACUUCUACGGCCAAUACUCGUCCAAAAACAAGAAGACGGGAACCAAGAGUUCGGCGGCGCCGACGACGAGUCAACACCGGAUAUCGGUUUACCACCAGAUAUCUGACGCCACGUACGCCGACCGCAACGUUUGGGAGAGACAGUCGACGCCCACCGCCACUAAACUAAAGGCAAACAAAAAAGCCAAGAGUAAAGACAUUCAGGAGAACAGCUAUUUGGUGGACGUCGAGCCCUCACACAGUCGACGACCCGCUCGGGAAGACCAUCGGCUCCGCGACCGGGAGAGGGAAAGACAGACUCACAUCGACACCGAUAUCCUGACCCCAAAUGUACAACAAAUGAUGUCUUCGCGAAUGGAUAAGAAUAUAACGAAUAGAUAUAACGGUUUUCAUCCGCGAUAG